AUGCACACCAACAUGGCAGACCCAAGGGCCGGUAGCGGCUCUAGUAAGAUUGGCUACACCGUCAACCUGAGCCAAUCCGAGGUUGCCGAAAUCGAAACUGCCAGAGAGACCUUCAAGGCAACUGAGGCUCAGAGUUACAACGUCUCCGCCGAAACAUUCCCUCUCCCCACCGUUGGUCCACGUCUCGAGGCUAUCGCCCGCAACCUCCACGAGGGCACGGGAUUUGCCCUACUCCAUGGUCUAGACCCUGCCAAAUACUCAAAUGAGGAUAACAUAACUAUGUUCCUGGGUCUAGGUAGCCACAUUGGGUCUCAGCGUGGUGCUCAGAACAAGAAUCGUGACAUGAUUUCUCAUAUUACUGAUGCUAAGGAGUGGCAGAAUGUGCCACCGGAAAAGCGCCACGGAAUCCACACCAAUUCGGCGUUGCCUUUCCAUACCGAUAUGGGCUGUGAGAUACUCGUCCUACAGUACCGACGGAUUGCUGCUGAGGGAGGUGCUACAUCACUUGCUUCAGCUGCAGCAAUAUACAACGAUCUCCUUAAGCAGCCUGAAAUCCUCAAGACUCUGGAGGCUGCAGAAUGGCCAGUCCAGCUUGGCGCUAAUCCCCUUCGCAUGGCAACAAUGCCUCUGAUUGCUCAUCAUCGAGGUCAUGUCAUCAUCUCUGCUGACCCAGGUCGUCUCGGCCUUCACCCUGCAACGGCUGAGAAGCGGUCCGAAGGCUGUUACCUUACUGAGCUACAGCUACGCGCUCUCAAGGUCCUCAACGAUCUCGCUGAGAAGCAUGCCGUUCCCAUCCCGGCCCAAGCUGGUGAUAUCCUGUUUAUCAACAACCUCAGCAUGCUUCACAAGCGGGACUCGUACGUCGACGCGGACGCCAAGGGAGCCGAGGAGGGAAGCCCGGCCAUGGUCACGAAUGGGAUCGAGGAGGACACCAUGCGGCGCUGGCUCACUCGUUUGUGGUUGCGGAAUGAAUCUUUGAGCUGGGAGAUCCCCGAGGACAUGAAGAUACCGUGGCAGGCGGCUUACGGCAGUGUUGGCCGGCUUAUCCCCCCGAAAUACGAGAUUAACCCUCUAAAGCCGUACAACCCGCCGAAGUACACUGCUGGUACUGCCGCUUGGCUGAUCGAGGAUGACGAUGCCCAAAUGGAGUAG